CUUGUUUUUCUAGUUGCAGACGGCGGCAGAGGCGGCGGCCACGGAGGAGGAGGAGGAGCGACGACGGAAUUCAGCAGCCACAGAAUCAUCACUCCUAAAUUAACUCAUUUCAGAACCAAGCGACAUAUCGACAGCACAAGAGAGACGGAAGGGCAUGUGCACGACAUCACCCUGGGGUUGAAUUUAGGGGAGGAAGAUAUUUUGGUAGACUUGCAGUUAAAUAGGAAUUUAUUACCCAGAGACUACUUUGAAAAGUACUAUCAUAAUGGUAGCCAGUAUAUCCAGCGUCCUGUGGGAGAGGCGGCAGGGCUGUGCCACUACCAGGGUGUGAUUCGUGGACGUCCGGGAUCAUGGGCUGCGCUCUCCACGUGUAAUGGUGUCAGUGGUGUAGUAUUUGAUGGGGAAGAGCUGCAUUAUGUAGAGCGGAUACCAGAGACACCAGCAUCCAUCCAGAGCCCACAUUAUCAUUUCCAACAUUCAGAUAUCAUUCCGCGGAACUUUUCUUGCGGUUACUCAGGGAAACCUCACCCAGUUCGCGAUCUGUUUCAUGACGAGAACUUCUCCAGAUUGCUCAGAUAUAAACGCAGCAGUACUGUUAGUAAUAGCAACAAUAUCCGUGGCCCAUACAAUGCAAAUGCUUUAUCAAGAUAUGUGGAAUUGGUUCUAGUUGCUGACAAGUCUGUUUUUGAAAAACAUGGCCAUGAAGUAUCAAAAAUAUACAACCGUUGUAAAGAUAUUGCAAACAUAGUGAAUGCGCUGUAUCAACCGCUCAACAUUUUCAUUGCACUGGUGGGAGUUGAAGUGUGGAAGGAUGAGGAUCAGGUUGAAAUCUCAACAGAUGGAGACAAAACUCUCACAAAUUUUCUAAACUAUAGAAAAGUGCGACUCAUCCAGGAACACCCUAAUGACAAUGCUCAACUACUAACGGGGAAGCAAUUUGAUGCAGGAGUGGUGGGCAAAGCUCUAAAAGGACCUAUCUGCACAUACCAAUAUUCAGGAGGUGUGAACAUGGACCACAGUGAUACUGUAGGACUCGUGGCAACAACAGUCGCUCACGAAAUGGGACACAACUUUGGCAUGGAGCAUGAUACUGAGGAGGAGUGUGAGUGCCCAGACAAGCGGUGUAUCAUGGCCCCGUCCUCCGGGUCAAAGAGCCCAACCCACUGGAGUAGUUGCAGUUAUGAAUAUUUGGCGUUAUCUUUUGAACGGUCAAUGGACUACUGCUUGCGAAACAAGCCAACGAGACUGUUUGAUUCUCCAGUGUGUGGAAAUGGUUUUGUUGAACCUGGGGAACAGUGUGACUGUGGUCUGCCAGAUUACUGCAACAAUCCAUGCUGCAAUGCAGCAACUUGUAUGCUUUACUCAAAUGCUACAUGUGCUACAGGACAUUGUUGUGACUUAGAGACUUGUAGACCAAAACUUGCUGGGGUUAAAUGCAGAACUGCUGUUCAUGAGUGUGAUCUCCCAGAAUAUUGUACUGGUGACUCAGAAUAUUGCCCUGAUGAUUCCUUCAAGUUAGAUGGUCAUGAAUGCAUGGCAGGACAAGCAUUUUGCCACAAUGGGAUGUGUCGUACGCAUGGAGAGCAGUGCAAGUUGCUGUGGGGUCCAACAGGCCAGAGUUCAGAUGACCGCUGUUACAUGAUGAACACACAAGGCAGCCAGAAUGGGAACUGUGGGUACAACUGGGUGAACGACACGUAUUACAAGUGCAGUGACAGGGAUAUCAAAUGUGGCAUGCUUCACUGUAUGCACCUUAACGAGCGGCUGGAAUUUGGCAUGGAGAGUGUGAGCAAAGUCUCGCAUAGUUUCCUCAAGAGUAGUAGUGGUGUUAUUCCCUGUCGUGUAGCCUUAGUUGACAUGGGGUUGGAUAUGGUUGAUCCGGGCCUUGCACCUGAUGGGGCCAAGUGCGGAAGAGGCAGGAUGUGUGUAAAUCAGCGAUGCAUGCCAGUGGCAGAUCUGAAGAUUGGAGAGUGUAACUGCAAUGGUCAUGGUGUGUGUAAUAACAAUGGUCACUGCCACUGUGAUGUAGGAUAUGCACCCCCUGAUUGCCUAUAUCCUGGUCUAGGAGGAUCAAAGGAUAGUGGCCCAGCUUCAAAUCCUCAUGCAACAAACAACUUCGUCAUUGGGAUGUUUGUAUUCUUCCUUGGCAUUGUCCCGGGAGGUCUAGUGGUGCUGUGUCUGGUGUACUAUACUCGAGGCAACCUCAAGCUUUGGUGGGAGACCAAAGGGCGACCUGCAACAUCAAAGUUGCCUCAUGUGGACACAAGCAAACGUGGCAGUCGGCCUCCUGGGUCACUUGGUGUGGAGGCUGGAGUUACCGGGAGACAGGCUGAGCUCAGCGUUACUGGUGGCAUCAUCAGCCCAAGAUCCCCCACUCCUCCAUCAUCACAAGGCUCCAAGAGUAACAGCCCCCUGCUCAAUGGUCAUGCCAACUCUGUCAUGAGUGGGGAUCAACCUGAUAAGGGGAAUAUGUUUAGUAAAAAUCUGUUUGGAAAGCAUGAGGGAUUUACUCUUUCACCACUGAAGGAGAAGUCUCCUCCAGGGGUAAAGAGUGCAGGUGCUCCACCUCCUAUUCCACCUCCACCUGCUGCUGCGAAGCCCCUAUCUUCAGCAAGUGUACCAUCUGCUCCUCCUGCUCCACCCACAGUUAUGAGUAAUGGUCCCACAGACAGUUCUUCAGUAAUUGGUUGGCAGUCAAAGGGAUUAUAUCCACAGGUGCAAAAAGCUAAUACUAAUACUGGGACUGGGUCUGUGACAAAGAUGAGUAUCAGUGGACCUAGUUUACAGGGGUCUACCAACCCUGCUAUUGCACCUCCAGUAUCAAAGUCUGCACUACCCAGCAGGUCAGCACCUCCUCCACCCCCUGUCACUGCCACAGCAACAGUGAGUCCUGCAGCAAUUACAACAGCAUCUCUAUCUGCUUAUGCCAAUGCACCUCAAGUAGCAGUCAUUUCACCCUCACGCCGAGCUCCAAGCUUAAACUCUCGGCCACUGUCUGUGCCUGAUGCCUCAACACUGGUAGCUCAGGCACAGGAGUAUUCAUGUGAGUCAGAAACCGAGUCAAAACCACAGGAGGGAGAUAAACAGUCUACUGUGGCAAGAAUUGCAUCUUUUCUUACAAAGAAGGACAAACAAGGAAGUGAAGCUAGUCAGACAGAUGUAGAAGCUGGAUGCUCAAACACUCUCCCAAGGAAAGCUGCCAAGAUUAAGCGAGAGAGUCUUAUGCAGUUAGAAAUCUCUGCACCCAUGCAACUACAUGCCACAGAACUUCCUGCCAAUCUUGUCCCAGUCAGGUCUGCACCUGAGCCUCCAAUGCCUAGCAAUCUGAAACCAAGCCAAGUGAAAGCAAAUCAAGAAGAAACUGGUAAGCCAAACAAGGUGUCAUGGGCCCCAUCCGUCCCAGAUGACAAGGUUAAUACUCCGAGCUCUGGUGACACCCGUUCCAGCAUGAGAGUCACAUGGACACCAUCAGCCUUAGACAGUACAGGGAAGGACUCCACAAUGGAACUCCAAAGAAUAGGUAGCAUGCGUGAAGCUCCAGUUACAAUACGUCCAGCCAUUCCCAAGUUUGGUUCCAUGAGAGCACCACGGCCAAAGAGCUUACCACCAACUAGACCCUCAGAGCCUCCUCCCAGGCCCCCACUUCCUAUGAUUCCUGGAACUCCAGAGUCUGAGUGCUUCUAUGAUGACUGUCUUAAUAUACAGGAAGGGACUGCUCCCAUAGCAGAUAUAGAUGAUGAUAACUCACCAGAAAGCAUAUAUGCAACUAUUGAUGAAAAGACACCUGACAAGGAGGUACCACUGCAGGAGGUUACAUAUGCUCCUCCUGAUGCUGUUGAAGGGAAAAAGGAAAAGAAGUCAAUAUUUUCAUUCCUUUACAACAAACCUAAGAAGAAACCUGGUAAAGAGAAAAGCACUCCUGAGGAAGUGGAACCUGUCUCAGAGCCUAUUUACACAAACCUCAUAGAGUCUCCUCCAGAACCAGAGAAGAAUCUUAAAGGUACACAGGCCACUAGUACCUCAGGAGAAGGAAGCAGUAAAUCUGCCUCAGUCAGCCCUCCAUCCCCUGCUGUUGGAGACACUAAUAGAACAAGUUGUGGGAGUUCAGAAGAUGGAGGACUGCUCUCAGAAAUUGUGUCAGAACUCUCAAAUAGGGAUGACAAAUUUGUAAGUGGUUUAGGAAAGAAUGAUAAGAAGACUAAAACAGGAGACAGUAAAAAGACACCUACAAGUCAGGAAAAUAAAAAGAUUGGUUUUGGAAAGUCAAGUUCAGAUGAAACCCAAAACAAAAGUGAAAAAAGCUCAAUACUAGCUAAUAACGGACCGAUCAGAAGCUCACUGUAUCCUUGGAGGGCCAAUAGGGAAACUGCAAGGAAGCCCAGUACUUCAGCAACUACUUCCACAACUAGUACAGCAACUAAUACCAAGCCAGUAACCACAACAGCAAAAUUUAGUGAUAGCAGUGCAAAAGAAACUAGUGGUCCAACUCCAAGAGGUGUCUUUUCAUAUAUGAAUAGUGGAGGAAAAGGUAAUACAUCAGAAUCCUCAAACAAAAAUUCAGUCACCUCAACAGCAGCACCAGCUAGUAAAACCAGUGCAAGCAUUUUUGGAGGGAAGAAAACUCCAAAAUCAGAAACAGUAAGUGCUACCACCACCACAGACAAUAAAAGUACAUCUGUAGGUAGCACAGUACCUGCAUCAAAAUCUUUAGCUGCUUCUCUUGCAGCAGUGAGAGCAGCAGGAGCUGCAGCAGGGGAAGCAGCAGCAGCAGCAGCAGCAACUGGAGGUGAAUCAUCAGCAGCAAAAAACAAUAAAUUGGGGGAGAGUACUUGGAAGACAAAUAAACAAACUGGUCUUCCGAAAACAGGUCCCAAGACAGAAGGAACACCAUUAUUGACAACUAGUGUGCCUAAGCCCUUCUCAAAGGCAGCAGUUUCUAUAACUACCUCCUCUGUUACAUUGCCAAGCUCAACUGCCACCACCACAAAAGCUGGGACAGAAGCAACAGUCCCCACUAGUACUAGCAUAGCAACUGUUCCACGUCUCACGCGGCCAGUAUUCCCACCGGAUAAGGUUAUAUUCCCACCAGAUAAGGUUGUAGUUUCAUCUAAUUCUACAGAUGAUAAAGGAUCAUCAUCAGCCACAAAAGAUGGAAAUGAGAAAGAAUCUAUUCUUUCGCCAACCAGUGCUUCACGAGGCCGUGGUACUGUUUCUCAGUCAAAAGCAACAACACCAACAGGAAAGCCAGGAAGAGUCUUAUCACCAACAAGAGGCACAACACCAACCAGGGGCACCACACCUACUCGCAACACCCCAGCAACAAGUAGUGGUCGUGGAGAUAAAAGCCGUAGUACAACGCCACAACCUGGAGCCAAGAAAGUAACGACCGGAUCAUCUGAUAAGGUUGACCCAAAGCCACUAAGUAAAGUGGUAGAGAAAUCAGAAAAGUUAGGCAGCAAACCUUCAGACAAGAUAGGAAAUAAGGUCAACAGCAAGCCCACAGACAAAGCAGCAGAGAAGACGGGACCAAAGAAACAGACUGCAAAACCAGUCCAAGCAAUUGGUAAGGUGCCAGUUGGUUCAGCCAGCAAACCCACCACUGGUUCUGGAACCUCUGGGCCAAACCGAGCUGGUCGGAUAAGCAACACACAUGUUGCCUCCUUGCAACAAAAAUUUGAGAAGAAGGAAGCUGAAUCUCAAGACCUCAAGCCUUCAACAAAAGCACCGUCCAGAAAAAGCCAAGAGGUGAAACCUGUUUUGGCUCCAAAGCCAAAGUGAUAUGUUGACAGUGUGUAACUGGUUUUCAGAACUUAUAUUUAUGAAGAAAUCACUGUUUUGGUUAUGUAUAUUCCAGAUUCUAGAAGAGUAAAAAUAAAUUGCAUUAUAGAUUUCAUUACAAAUUCACUUGCUGUAAUUUGGUGAGUUUUAAAUGAUUUAUUAUGACUGCAAUUUCUUAGGUCCAGUUUGCUGGGCUUUAUAUACUUUAAUAGAAAUACUAAUAAAAAAGAAAAAAAAGGGAUUAAAUGAUCUUGCCACAAGGAUUGCAAGUGCUGCUGUGAUAAGUUGUCAGGACAUGGAGAAGGAGUCAGUGUACUGUUGAAUCAGCCCAAUUAGACAUAUAAACUUCGGGUUCCUGAAAAGAAUGGCAUUAAUAGGUGUGAUUUUUAAGUGCCACCGACUUUCCUGCUGUGUAACAUAGGUGAAGAGACGACUAAGAGUGAUGUUUAUGUGUAAGUGUUUAUUAACAUACUCUCUGUAAACCAAAGAUAUUUUUUCUUUUUUUGUCAUCGUUUCAACAGUAUUAGCCUGAGACAGCUUUUUUUUUUUCUUUUUUUUUUUUUUUUCUUUCAAAGGAUAGAGGAAGUGGGUGCUAACUCUGUGCAUUGAUAGUCCCUAGUCUCUCCGUGAUACCUUUUCUUUGUGUCUGGGGCUCUCAUCUAAUGAAUACGCAUUUCAUUUACAUUGCAUUUUAAUUUUCUGUUUUUAAAAAAAAAUAAGUACUUAGGUAAUCAAGCAUUUUCACAUGACUCUGAUGGUGCUUGCAGUGUGGUAAGCUGAUGCCAGAGACAGAUCCUUCUUUUUAUUGUGUUGGGAAAGCUUUAUUUUAUAAGGUUGAAUAUUGCAAGUAUAUGAGUUAGGGUGAUGAAUUUUGAUAUCUUUUUGUGCACUGUUAUGUUUUACUAUUUAAGAUUUGUGAUUGUUUAUUUGCUUUUGGCAUUUGUAGGCUCUCUGGUUAUACAGCAUUUAUUAACCUUAAUAUUUUAUGCAUCUCAUGUGUUGCUCUUCAGUGGUAAGAAGAAAAAGACAUUUGUGCCAUGUAUAUCAAGGGAAGUUUUUGAUCAUAUGUAAAACACUAAUUUUCUGCCUGUAUACUUGAUGGUACCAGGGUCCUGGUACUGAAUGCUGUUUUGGCUGCUUUCACCAUCUUUGGAUCCAGUUCUUGUGCAUGAGCUUUAAUCUGUGAGUGCAGUGCAUUUAUCAUGAAAUGGAUAAAUUAAAGGCCUAGGCAAGGCAGUGUGUAUCAGCAUUGCUAUCACCGUGUAAUCUUGAAUGUAGAGUGAAUCUCAAGUUAUGAGCCCAGUGAUAGGACUUCCUCUCAUAUCAUGCAGACAGAAUGCUUAAGGAUAUGGAUUUUAAUUAAAGAAAGAGAAAACACAGUCAGUGCAACCUAUGUACAGAUAAUUGCCCAGGUGCUUUAUGUUAUUUUCAUUGUUAUUUAUGUAAUAGAAUUUUGGGGGUUGUAGAGAGAAGGGCUAAAGUUAAUUAAUUAGGAAUGCCUACUAUAUUUUUUUCUUGACAACUGAUAGUACUUAUAUUGAUAUCAAAUUAUUUAAGAUUUUAGAAAAUUGUUCUGUUUAUAAUUACCAUUUUAUCUUAUAAUAAAUGUUGAGAGAAAUAUUCAUAUAAUUAAGAAACUUUCUGGUCAAAGAUAUUGUCACAAGUAAUAUAUUUGGGAAUGGCUGCCAUUUUCAACACCUCUGUAGAAA